AUGCCCGCUGACUUGGCUGCAGGGGACGCUGCAGGGGACUCCACUGUCAAGAACACUACUUUCUAUCACCCAGUAGCCGCCGUGGUUGGGCGGUCGAGAUUGGAGACAGACCAGUACGACUUCACCAUCAGCGGCGCGGGUCUUCGAUGCCAGUUCCUCACCCCACUUAGCCUGAGCUUGGUGAACAAGCAGGUGCGCCAGGAAGUGCUGUCUAUCAUCUUCCAAAAUGCGACCGCAUGCGUCCAUGUCCAGAUUCCAACAUAUGGCCCGUUCAGCGACGUCGCGGCCUCGGUGCCCCGAAUCAUUCACACCCUCGAUACCUAUCCUCAGCUGCUGGGACUGGCCCAAGACAUUGUGAUAAUCAUCGAUGCGGAACAGCCCUACUCCCAUGCCCUAUUCCGAAAACUGGACAGCGGAUUGUGGGCUCUGGUACGGAAUGACACGUUGCGUCUUUUGACGACGAUUUCACUUGCAGUCCCCGCUGUCGGUUUCCUUCACGCCGCUGGAUGGGCUCACCGGACUGGUCCUUUUCAUAGGGACAGGGAUGCUGCCAUCCAUGCUCUGAUUGACACCAUUCUGCGAGGCGUUGAGAGCCACAAGCAGCUGAAAAUCAUCCUACAUCUGGACAACUUGUAUCUGCGGGAUCUCAAGAUCAUGCUCAGAUUACUUCAGAUGCCAGCUAGCACCGUUACAUUGGAGGAGUGGUGGCUCUACUGGUCGAUAUCCGACGAGCCUGAGAAGGCUAGAGAUGACUAUGAGGCUACUUAUAAGCACUUUGUCCAAAAAGCCGCGGAAGAAUCCGGACAAACUCGGCUCUUGACUGUCUGUCCAUUAUCAGAUACGUUUGAAAUCGAUGAGACCGACGACGGCGAUACCCGAGGCAUCAAGUAUAUUCGAAAGAGGCGAAGGGUCUGGGUACCUCCACCCAGAGGCUAA